AAAAAAUAAAAAAUAAAAGCCAUCUUCCAAAUCUCUGGUCAAAAGUAACCUUUGCACUUGCACCGAGAGCCGUUUAGAGUGAGUAACAACAACGGAAGUUCAACAUACUGGAUCGUCACGUGGUUCAUGGAGACUUCAGAUGUGAAAUUCUAAAGAAAGUGUAAAUGUAGGGACAGAACUGCGAUUUCUGGUAAUUACGAGUCAGUAUAUGUGAUUUCAAAUAUUUAUAUAGCACACCAACAUGUGUAUAUAGUUACGUCAAUAGGUAACUAGAUAACAACCACCUGCCUCGGUGACAUAUUUUACAUGGCCUCGGUUAUAGAGCAUGAUGCUCUAUAUUGCUUUGCAUUAUUUUAUUUUUUAAUGGUUGUCCUAAACUUGUAUGAUAGUCAAGAGCAAUCACAUAUUGAUUUUUAUUAAUAUAUUUUGAGGGACGUUUCUACCAUUUCCGUAUCUCUGCUGGGCCAAAUUGACGCGCCAUAUUAAACAAAACUUAAACAGAAUGGGUAAAUAUGUCUUGGGUAUAGACGUAGGAACUACAUCGAUUAAAGUGGUGCUACUAGAACAGGGGUCCAAAGCAAUUGCCGCAUGUUACUCUUUGCCGACUGCGUCAGACUUCGUCGACAGUAGUGGAUUACAGACCCACGAGCAGGAGACUGGCAUAAUAAUAUCAACUCUUAACAAAUGCAUCGCCCUUUUGCCCAGAGAAAAACUUCUCAAUGUCAGCAGAAUAGGGGUUUCAGGACAAAUGCAUGGCGUUUUAUUCUGGAAAUCAAAGACUGGCUGUGAUUGGCAGAACAGAGACUUCUUCGUGGUCAAGGACACCAGUCAGUUGGUCACCUGGCAGGAUGGCCGCUGCAGCGCUCACUUUCUGUCCUCGCUCCCGACCCCCAACGCCCAUCUGGCCGUGGCCACGGGGUUCGGCUGUGCCACCAUCUUCUGGUUCUUGAGAAACAGGCCGGAGUUCCUCUCUGACUUCAGCGUGGCCGGGACAAUCCAGGACUACGUGGUGUCCAUGCUGUGUGGCCUUGACCACUGUGUGAUGACCCCUCACAACGCGGCCAGCUGGGGAUUCUUCAACACCACCACCAGCCAGUGGAACACGGAAAUUCUAUCCGAGGCGGGCUUCCCUGUGGUCCUGCUCCCUGAGUGUGUGGUGGCGGGGGGCACGGCAGGGCGCACCGUAUCUGACUGGCACGGCAUCCCUGCCCACACACCAGUAGGGGCUGCCCUGGGGGACUUCCAGUGCUCUGUGUACCACUGCAUGGCGUCCCCCACAGACGCAGUGCUGAACAUCGGCACCUCGGCCCAGCUGACCUACGCCAUGCCGGGGGGGUUCAGGCCUCCAGAUGCCCCUGAGUCUGGCUCCCCCAUCUCGUAUUUCCCGUACUUCGACGAGUCCUACCUGGCAGUGGCGGCGUCGCUGAAUGGGGGCAACGCCCUGGCAACGUUCGCGGGGAUGCUCAGCUCAUGGAUGAAGGACCUUGGCGUGGAGGGCGGCGGCGGCGGCGGCGGCGGCGGCGGGGGUGACGACUCCUCUCUGUACGCCACGCUGAACAGCGUCGCCCUGGGCCAGCCGCCCAGCGACCUGGCGGUGAGCCCCACCCUGCUGGGCGAGAGGCACCGCCCGCAGCUCCGGGGCUCCGUGGCCAACGCCGCCGCCGGCAACCUCUCCCUGGGUCACGUGACCCGGGCGCUGUGCCGCGGCAUCGUGGACAACCUGACCUCCAUGAUGCCGGCGGCGCUCCUGGGCGAGGCGGGGGUGCGGCGGGUGCUGGGCUGCGGCAGCGCCCUCUCCCGCAACCCGGCGCUGUGGGAGGAGGCGGAGAGGGCCCUCCUCCCCCUGCCCCUGGAGCGCAGCCAGACCGCCGACUCGGCCGUGGGCGUGGCCAUGGUCGUCUGCGAUCGGCUCUGAGUGAGGAU